CUGCUGCAUUACUGGGUCUCUGCUGCUCCUACAGUGUAUCCCUUCCCGGCUGCUUUAUCCAUAAAGUGCAGCUGGUAACAUCGGUUCUAAAUCAACUACUCAGUCAAUGAGGUCUGUUCUUUCACAGCAUGAGUAUUCUACAGCCACCUCCACAUGAUAUCAUUUCCUGAUCAUUUGACUUUAUUUUAUAUUUUUUCUCUCUGAACAAGGCUUUGGGAUUUGAAGCUGAGCCUGGCAGAUUUGGUCUUGGCUGGAGCUCUCGAGGAGUGACAGAGUUCAGGGAACAAUGCAGGGAUGUGUGGGGGAAAGAGAGAUGAUGACUAGAGAGGAGUCUUUGAAAUCUGAUUAUGACGACCGGGGAUGGAUAAUCGCUGUAGUUUCCAAUUUUCCAUCAUCCCACUCUGCAUAUGUGCUUAUCAUUUUACCCAAAGCCAGUGGGGAGCUGGAACUGACCUUUAGGAUAUUAAUGUUAUAUCCCAUGCACUCUUCAAAGCCUCUCAAUGUGGAUGCUUAGUGCCGCAUGUUUGGUCUUCAAAUAGCUCCCCAGGGUGUACAAAGCUGUAUUGUUGUCUUUGAAUAUACAGUAUAGUGUGUCAGUGUUAUGACAUGUAUAUGUUGGCAUUAUGUUGAUUCUUGCUGACUGCUCGCUUGACUCUUGCCAUCUUGCCCAUUGAGUGUCACCACAGUGACGCAUGGGGAAAUUCUUUUCCCUUUUUUCCCCCUCCUCCAUGAGAGGAAGUUGGAGAGGAAUGCCAGUGCCGGGCCACUCUGUCCGCCAGUGUUAUCCUGUGCAUGCCCAUCUCGCCCAGUCCAGCGCGUGGUGUUCUGGACAACAGGAAGCCAGGACAGAACGGCAGCGGCUGUUUUUGACACAUGCCACCAUCACCAGCGCCCCACACACACACACACACACACACUCACACUCACAUCCACAUGACUGGAAAACUUUAGGGCGUCCCAUGUGGAACUUCCUGGAGCCGCAUGGCAGUGGAGGAGGGGGCUGAGAGCCAGGGAAUGCAGAGUGGCAGAUAAUCCGGCACCACUAACAACACUAUAGAGCUGCCUCUACUAUGCCAGUAGUACUUAUUGCUGCACUAACAUGCCCUUGUGGCACUCUACCUUGACAGUUUCACUUUUUUUGUAAGUCGCUUUGGAUGAAAGCAUUAGCUAAAUGACUAAAUGUAAUGUAAUGUAACAACAACACCACUUGCACCACCACCACAACCACCCUCGCUCCCCUCCCAGUGCAAAGGUCAAACCACAGUACAAGCUGUGCCACCCUCUUGUGUUCGAGUGCCCUCCCAGAUGUCAAGGACCCCUGCAAGGAAUCCCACCAAAGAAAUCCGGGAUACCUACUCCCAAAGAGAUGUCGACCACCGUCUCCAGAGAAAGGGUAUCCCUUCGUGACCAGCUGAAAGGCGCGUCCACCAAAAAGAUGGUCCCCAGCGCCAGCACCUCCAGUCUGUCCACGCUGGCCAAGCGGGGCCAGUCCGCCAAGCCCAAGCUGGACGCAGACGGCGCCGACAAGGCCCUCCUGGAGUGCCAGGUGAAGGAGCUGCUGGCCGAGGCCAAAGCCAAAGACUUCGAGAUCAGCAAGCUGCGCAUGGAGCUGCAGCGCUACCGGGGAAAGGCCUCGUCCGCCGAGGGCACCGUCGCCAGCACCACGCCCACAGAGGGCCAGGGUGGCGAGGGGGAGCCGGCCGGGACGUCGCCCGUCGACCCCCAGGCCCUGGUGGGCGAGCUGAAAGAGAAGAACGGACGCUUUCAGAGGGAGCUGGCCGCCUUACGAGACGAGAACCAGGCGCUGAAGGAGAAGCUGAUCUCGCUGGAGAGCGCACCGGUCCCCAACGCCACCUCCUCCUCGUCCCCCAGCCCAACGAAACCCUCCGUCAACGGCAUCCUCCCGGACAGCACCGCCAUCGGCGACGCCGUUGCCCCGGCCAUCAGCAAGAUCCCGCUUAAGAGCUCCACGUCGUCCGGCAGCGACAUCACCAAGGGAUCAGCGUCGGCUUCCCCCUCCCCGGACUCGUCCGAGUUUGAGAAGAUCCCGUCGCGCUGCAACUCCCUCAGCAGCGCUGGUGCCGGGGGCGGAGAUUUAGCGGCGACGCCGACGACGCCACACACCCGCGAGCAGUCGGUGGAGUGCCUGACGGAGAAGAUCCAGCAGAUGGAGGAGAGCCACCACAGCACGUCGGAGGAGCUCCAGGCCACGCUGCAGGAGCUGUCGGACCAGCAGCAGGUGGUGACGGAGCUGACGUCGGAGAACGAGCGUCUGGCCGAGCAGAAGCACCGCCUGCAGGCCUCGCUGCAGGAGCAGCGGGAGCGCGUGGAGCUGCUGGCGCAGAAGAACGAGGCGCUCCUGCUGCGGCUGCGCGACCAGCGCGACGAGUCGGCGCGCGCCACCGAGCUGGAGCAGCGCUGCGGCCAGCUGGUGGAGAGCGCGCGCUUCGAGCGCGAGAAGCUGGUGGACAUCCAGCAGCAGCUGACCGGCAGCCUGAGGCAGCUGGAGCAGGAGCACCAGGAGGCGCAGGCCGACGCCCGGGGCCUCCGCGAGGAGCGCGAGCGGCUGCGGGCCGAGCUGGAGCGCGAGCGAGAGGGCCGUGGCGAGGCGGAGCGGGCGGCGGAGGAGCGGGACGGCGCGGUCGAGGUGCUGCGGGCAGAGGCGGAGCGCGUGCGGGCGCAGCUGGAGGCCGAGAGGCAGAAGGUGGCGGAGCUGAAGGCGGUGCAGAGCGCCAGCGCCGACAGCACGGAGCUGCAGGGCCUGCUGAAGGCGGCGCAUGACGAGAGGGACCGGCUGGAGCUGGAGUGCACCAGGCUCAGGCAGGACGCGCAGCAGGCCCAUGCUGACAACGAGCAGACGCGCACGGGGCUCGCUAAGGCGCAGGCGGAGCUGCAGCAGGUGCUGAAGCAGGAGGAGGAGCAGAAGAGCAUGCUGAGCGGCAGCGUGACUGAGCUGCAGGAGCACGUGCAGCAGGCCGAGGCCCAGAUCAAGGACCUGAAGGAGACCAUCUUCGAGCUGGAGGACCACGUGGAGCAGCAGCAGGCCGUCCACCUCCACACCAAACAGACCAUCCUCGACCUGGAGAAUCAGCUGAAGAAGGUGGAGGAGCACAAGACGGAUGUGGAGAAGCAACUGAAGGCAAUGAAUCGACAGAUGAAGGAGGACAAGGAGGAAUGGCUGCGCUUCCAGGCGGACUUGCAGACGGCCGUGGUGGUGGCCAACGAUAUCAAGGUGGAGGCGCAGCAGGAGGUGCGAGCUCUGCGGCGCCACCUGCAGGAGGAGCAGGAGCGCAGCGGCCGCCUGGCCGGAGAGCUGGAGCAGCUGCAGCUGGGCAGGUUACAGAGUGACGAGAGGAGUCCGCCCCCAGCGGAGGAGAGGGCCCAGUGGUGUGGGAUCCCCGUGAUGACCCAAACUGCCCCUGCCAGCCUCAACGGGAGCGAGAGCAGUAGCGGCGGCACUAGUAGUAGCCAGGCCAAGACGGCCGCCUCGGUUAAAUCCCUCAUCAAGAACUUCGACCGGCCGCUCGAGAAUGGUCCUGCUAAAGCACUGAAGGUCAGCCUCUCCACCCGCAGCCCACUGAGUGGCAUACCUGUCAGCACGUCCCCCUCUGCUACAGUGCAUCCUACUCAGAGGCACACUGCAAUCAAGCCACUGUCCAAGACCACACCAAGAAAGGUCAACUUCUCUCACCCUGACCCUCUCUCCGGCCCAAGUGAUGAACUGAAGCCAGCGUCUUUCAUGAGGAAGAGCCCGUCGCUAGAGUCUGUGAUUAAGAGCCCAGCAGCUCUAUGCACUUCCCUAGGCUCAUACAGCUAUACAUGGGACAACAGUAAACUCAGAGCGGAAAGAAAGGACCCCUUGGCCGCCCUGGCGCGGGAGUACGGAGGAUCUAAGAGAAACGCUCUACUGAAGUGGUGCCAGAAGAAAACAGAGGGCUAUCCGAACAUCGACAUGACCAACUUCAGCAGCAGCUGGAGCGACGGCUUGGCCUUCUGCGCUCUUCUCCACUCCUACCUGCCGGCCCACAUCCCCUACCAGGAGCUCAUCAAAGAGGACAAGGUCCGAAACCUGACGUUGGCAUUCCAGGCAGCAGAGAGCAUUGGCAUCAAACCCUCCUUGGACAUUGACGAUAUGAUGCACACAGACAGACCAGACUGGCAGAGUGUCAUGCACUACGUGUCUCAGAUUUACAAGUAUUUUGAGACUUGACCUUUGGCCUGAGAAGAAUCAGAAGAGACUGAUGGCACAGAAGCACUUUCUGCCUGGUCCUUUGAAGACACAGAACCUCUACACACACACACACACAAACACACACAGUGCAUACACAAAAAAAAAAAAAACAAUUUGUUAUUGCACACAUAGUUUCUUUUGAUCUCAUUGAGUGUUGGUCUAAUCAUCAAACACACACAAGACAACAACUGUUAUUCAUAUCGUAUUCAUUUUUUUUUCCAAAUGCAUCUCUUGGAGCAAAACCAAUUAUGCCAUAACACGCCAUGAUGCCACAUUAAAAUUGUCUAUGAGCUUGAGCAUUGUUAAGGUUUAUUUAUGAGAGAACAAUGUUUCAGUCAACCACCUCUAAAUGCCAACACUACUCGCACGGUAUCAGUUUCAGUGUUUCUUUCAGCAUCACAACAGUUGAGAUAUUACACACAGAGCCAGAGAAGAAGAGGAAAAAUGGACAUGUGACAUCACAUGACAUGACAAGCUUUGACUGCCAAUGGCUCACACAGAGCCAGCUAGCAAUCACUGAUGGAAGAACAAUGGUGUUGUGGUCGAAGAUGAGAUUUUGUGGUGUUGGAUCUGUUUUAAAUAAAUAAAUAUAGAUAAGGUUUAGAGUGAAGAACCAUUCUCUGUAUUAUUUUCAUGUUUUACUGGAUGGUAUCAUGAAAAUAUCCUCUAAUUCUUAUCUUCUAUGGCUGUAUGUAUAGGAAUUGUUAUUAUUUAUUGAUGAAGUAUUAAACUAAAGUUUUAAGCAAAGUGUGUAUAUUUUCUAUUUGCAAGUUUGAUUUUUACUAUAAAUGUGAACUAGCUGAAAACGAAUAUUCAUAAUAAAGUUUUUGUCACUCCAAAAA